AAACUCAUAUAGGAAAAACACUUAUUUCCUUCAAACAAACCACUUACAAAGAUAUAUCAAGGUCCGUUGACUGUCUCAGACUUCGGCUCCAGUAAGUCUUCGUGUUGAUGAACGGCCUAAUGAUUUCUAUCUAGAAGAGGCGCCCUUGCAACUAGGUCAGCGAGGUUUUUGCAUGAACGCGAGUCCAGUGAAAAGAGAUCAACUACUGACCAGAAGUACAAUUUAUUCAGGAUCGUUAAGGCAGCUGCAAAACAUUAAAAACGAGAAACUUGUUCUCGAUAACAAAAGAAGGUAGCAGAGAGAACUAGAGAGAGACGGCAAACUCGCGCGUUUGGAAAUUCUAAAGUUAAAAAUCUCCCCUAGUUGUUUGCGUGCGUAUGAACGAGUUUACAAGUGUAAAUUAUACGUCUAGAAGUGGCCUUAAUAACUAAUGCUUCUAAAAAGUCAAAUACGUGAAGUGACUCAGCAAAAAAAACGAGUGAGAUUAAAUCGCUUUUUUAAUAUCAUCAAUUCUUUUUGCGGUAUGUUCUGAUUAGUUUCAUUUUUAUUCUAGAAAUUAAAGGAUAGCAGCAGAGAGAUGAUGAAAUAUUUCUACUGGGCUCACAAUGACGUUUUGACUUUUGUUGAAUAAAGAAGCUAUCAUGAAUAGCAGUCUUCAUUAACGUCACGUAACAAGCCGUCUGAGUAAACACUUUAACAAAUUAAUGCAACGUUUUAGAGUUUUCAGUUUCUAUUCUAUGAGUCUCCGGACAUACUUUACAUUAUCAAAUGUCAUGCGGAAAAAUUUUCUAAAUAUUCUUCAAUUGCGAUGCUAUCUUUGGUUGCAUUUAUCUCUCUCUUUUCGGGAAGAAGUUUCAUUAGUCCUCAUUACCGGUGUUUCAUGAUGAAUUCUGCGUAUGUGGCCAGUUAAUGAAAAAUCAAACUGCACCUGUCCUUCCGAUUAUGGACUCGGAUUCAAACAGUUAAUUGCUCGCUUCGAAUAUCUCGCUCAUGAUCUUAUUCAAAUUCAGUUCCCUUGCUAAGAAGACUACAAGCAGUAAUACAGUUGCUUCUGUACUUUUCUUCGCAGAUUGAUCGAGAGAAGACUAUAUUUCACUACUUUGGACUAUGCGCGCGGAUUGAAUCCGAAGGCGUGAAGUCCUGCCAAGAUCAAAGAUGACUUUCUGGUUGUACUUUCAAUUAUUCCCGUAUUUGUUCGCAAUAAAAACAAGUCAAGGUUUGGAAAGUAACCACAGACAAGUUCUGACCAUUGGAGGGUUCUACGCUUCAGGAAAAAUGACCACUUUUCAGAACGCGUCGGGAAUCAUCCAGACCGUAAAUGAAGCAGUUCGAACCAUAAACGAGCGCUCGCAGCUUCUUCCCGGCUACAAAUUGGAGAUCGAAUGGAGGGAUACCAAGUGUCAGCUGGGUCAUGGAGUCCAGGCUCUGUUUCAAAGUGUUAACGAGUCUCCUACAAAGAUAAUGCUCCUUGGAGGAAUGUGUAGUGCUGCUACUGGACCAAUUGCCGAAUGCUCUCACCUUUUAAACCUGAUACAGGUCGGCUAUGGGGCGUCGUCUAUUUAUUUGUCUAACAAGCAAAAGUACCCACUUUUCUUCAGAACGGUUCCCCCAGAGAAGGGGCAUAAUUCUGGGCGCGUGGCUGUACUUAAGUAUUUCAAAUGGAUGAGAAUUGCUAUAUUAACAGAGAGAGAGCCUUAUUAUGAAGCUGCUUUGGCAAGUCUGACAAAGCUGCUUGAGAAAAACGAUAUGUUAGUAGUGGCUCAAGAAUUUCUUGGAGAUGGAAUGGAAGAAGACCGCAAAUCUCUAAUCAAGUUAUUGAAGGCGAGAGAUGCUCGAAUUAUUGUUGGACUUUUCUCUGAAGAAAAAGCUGUCGAAGUCUUCUGUCAGGCGUACAAGCAAGAGCUUUAUGGUGAGAGGUAUGUCUGGAUGUUGAUAGGAUGGUAUCAGUCGCGUUGGUGGAACGCACAUCCAGCAGUCCUGUCCAAACAAAAUUGCGAGGCUAAGCACGUGAUGAAGGCUUUUGGUAAUUACGUCACAACGGAGUUUCUGAAAUUUGGACCCAGUUCCCCACGCAUGAUAGGUGGCGAGGGUGCGUACCAUGCAUGGAAAAAUAAAUUUGACGAGCUUGGUUUAUAUUCUGGUUUUGCGCACGACGCCUUGGUUGCUAUGGUUUUGGCUCUAAACCAUUCAGCCGGGGUUCUCGCAGCGAAAAAUAAAAGCUUGGCAGAUUUUACUUACAGUGACUCGGAAAUGGCAGGACUGUUUAAGAAGUCUUUAUCCAAUGUCUCAUUUCGUGGAUUUUCGGGACAAGUAUACUUUAACGAUAAAGGAGAAAGGGAAGGAAUUAUAACAGUCGGUCAAAUGCAAGGUAAGAGUGGUAGUGUUCCCGCUGACCAAAUGACCACAGUGGACAAGCUGCAGACGAUUUCGAUCGGAUCGUUCGGAUUUUUUUGUGCGGUUGAGGUCCUAGGGAUUAUCAUUGCUGUGGCUUUCCUGGCCUUCAACAUUUCUUACAGUAGUCACAGAUUUAUCAAGAUGUCAAGUCCACGUCUAAAUAAUGUCAUUGUGGUUGGUGCCAUUCUUAUUUACAUCGCUGGUAUUCUGUUGGGCAUCGAUGGCAACUUCGCGAGUAUCGACAUUGAGGCAAUUUUGCAAUGCAGACUUUCGACCUGGGUAGCUUGUCUUGGAUUCACACUCGGUUUUGGUGGCAUGUUCUUAAAGACUUGGAGAGUGCACAAAAUUUUUCUUAAUAGAACAAAGAAAAUGAUCAUAACUGACUUCCAAUUGUUCGCAGUGCUGGGUCUGUUUCUUUCCAUCGAUCUCCUAAUUCUUAUGGUUUGGGAGAUUGUUGAUCCCUUGUACGCUAGUAAACACUACACAGGACGAGAGGAAUACCGCUCAUCCACGGACACCAACUACAAGGCUUAUUACAUUGAGUGCACCUCGAAUCACCCGAAAAUCUGGCUUGGGGUUAUCUAUGCCUACAAAGGACUUAUGUUGGCGUUCGGUGCCCUGAUGGCCUGGGAGACAAGGAAUGUCACUUUCCCAGCGUUGAACGACUCCAAACACAUCGGUAUUUCAGUGUACAACGUGGUAUUCCCGUGCGCCCUUGGAAUGACAAUUGUCAACGUGGUGGAUUAUAACCCGAAUGUGUUUUACGUGGUUCUUUCCGUGUUGGUUGUUUUCUGUACCACCAUUACACUGUGUAUUGUGUUUGUUCCAAAGAUAUCAACCGUUAGAGCAGAUCCUCUGGGGAAAAACAGACCUCGCUUUGUACCGGCACUGAAUCGUCAAACAGUGCGGGGGCAAAUAGACGAAAGGCAACAGUUACAGCCAGUUCAACAACAACAGCAGAGACCUACUUCUACUCAGACACAAGAAAACAGUCAACGAACAAAUGCUAGUCCUAUAUAACGUGCGGUGCGAAGAUUAGUUAGACGCGAGUGAAAUAGUUUAAAAUCCAGUAAGACACUGUUGUAAUUUCAGUUCGAACGAGAAUCGGUAAAGAGAGAGCUGCGAGAGAGCCCAAGAAUAGAACUCCUCGAUAUUCCUAAUCGAUCACUAUCGAUUCGUCACGGAUCACAGCACACUCUACCAAAUGGUUCUAAAGGGUGCAUUCCGAUAGUCCAUUGUACAGUCGUGUACUUGGUUGCCAAGCCUUUGGACAGAAGUGAGGCCAAGGUUGACCUUGUUAUGAUACUAACCUUGCUGCUUUUCAAAUGCAAAUUACUUUGUUAUUAUGCUAACUAGAUACCGGUCAACAAGGUCACCUUCAGCCUCACUCCAAAUCAAAGGCUUGGCACCUAAGUAUAUUACUGUAAAAUGGUCUAUUGAGAGUGGUAAAAUCAAAACGAGGUUAAUCCCAACGGCCAAUCAGUGAAAAGUGGAAUAUCACAAAAAGCUGCUGAACCCUCCAAGAUGAGUUCACAAGUCUAGACUAGUUUUAGCUUUGCAUCUGAUUGGUUAAAAAUAAGCACGACUUUUCAAUCUCAGGGCGUAAUAAAUUACAACCAAAACAAUCCUAAAUUACUGUCCGCACCCAAUUAAAAAUUGUUCUAAAUGAUGAGCAGUAAAACAUAGUCAAAAAACAAAAGACAAGUAAUAAAAUUAAAAAAAAAACCAACAAUGACAACAACCACAAAAGUGAAAUUGAAAUUUUUCCAACAAGGAAUACCUUAGAGUAAGCCUGUAAGUCACGUUCGCAGACAAGCAUAAAUAAUUCAGCCUACAAUGUUACUCCAGCACUUGAUAGAGAUAUCAUGUAUCCAAAGAAUAGCACUGGACUUCUAAACUGUUACAGCCACGGAUAGCACUUUACACUCCAGGAUGUAAUUCUUUCAGUUAAUUUCAUUUAUUCACGCAUACGAAAGGACAUAAUGAUGAAAAUAAAUUAUGACACUUUUGUAUUACA